AUGUAUGCUAUUCGAACAGCAUCACAUUUCUAUUAUAAACGUUUACAUUAUCUAAUGGAAACAUGGAUUUCACUUGUUUCUGACGACGUUUAUUUCGUUACAGAUUCUCUACCGUCAAAUAUAACGACGAUAAAAGCUGAUCAUAUUCAGUUAACAAAAGACUGUCCGGAUCAAUCACAUUCAAUGAGUUCCUUAUGUUGUAAAACAGCACACAGUUUUCUUUUAUAUCAUAGAUUUGAACAUAAAUACGAAUGGUUUUGCCACUUUGACGAUGAUAACUACGUUAAUAGUAAAAAUUUGAAAAACUAUUUAUCAAAACUAAAUUCAUCGAUACCCUAUUAUAUCGGUCGAAAUUCGUGGAAUACAUCAUUAAAUCGCCGUAAAAAUCCAUUUCCAGUAUCAUUCUGGUUUGCUACACUCGGUGCCGGAAUUUGUUUAUCGUCCAAACUAUUACAAUUAUUGAAACCAUAUACUACAAGCAUACAACAUUUCACUAGUGGAUGUGUUCGAGAAAAUUAUUUUGAUGAUAUUUAUUUGGGUUUUCUAAUCAAUAAUUUCUUAAAUAUUACAUUGACUAAAAAUGAACAAUUUCAUUCACAUUUAGAAGAAAAAUUAUUUGCUAAAGAAAAUUUUAUGAAGAAUUUAACACGUCAAAUCACACUGGGAUUUCGUUAUCAACAAAUCGGGAUCGUUAAAAACAAGUUUUUCAAAAAUUAG